AACGGGACACCCUACACUGGCGACCUUGCUCGACAGGCAGGCGUCAGCCUUGCCGAGUCUCCCCCUCCUUUUCCCCCCGUCAUCUGGGUUCCGCCUUCAAAUGUUGCUGCUGGUUCACAAAACUCCUACAACGUCGUCAACUACUUUUCUCCGAACACACUGAAAUCAGUAACAAUUAUCUUUACUGCUAACAUUCAAAAACUUUGCUUGGUGAAACUGCGGCGAAACCAACAUUCAAAAACAAUGAAAACUCUUUUAGUUUAUUAUUCACUACUAUUAACUUUACUUCUAAAUAGAAUUUCUGCAGUUGACGGAUGUUCACAGUUUCUGUCUGAAAUUUGCCAUUGCGAAGAUUUAAGCAACGGCGUCAAAUUAGACUGCUCAAAUGAUGACGCUGAAAAAACUAUGAACUUAUUAAAAGCUAACCACGAAAAUUUGGGCUUAAUACAAGAACUCAUUUUAAAAAACUCAAGUAUCCAAAAGAUACCACCAAAAUAUUUUAUGGGAUUGUAUAUUAAAAAACUUGAUCUAUCCUACAAUCAUAUUGACGAAAUAGGACCAGAUUCCCUACUUGGAAUGAAUAAUGUAUUACAAGAGCUAUCUAUUCGGCAUAACAACUUGACCACCUUCCCAACCUCUGCUUUAGCUCCACUGAAUGCGCUUCACAAGCUUGAUCUGUCAAACAAUAGUAUUGGCGAUCUAGGUGUCAGAAACGAAUUGCCACAACUCCCAAACUUAUUUGAUCUGAAUCUUGCCGACAACAUCAUCUGUGACGUGCAUAAAUCUGUUUUUGAGAAUGUUAAAAACAGUUUACAGACGUUAAACUUUGGACGAAACUGUUUCAAAAAAGUACCAGCAUCCGCAAUACGUGGCUUUAAAAAAUUAAUGGCUCUACAUCUGCACGGUAACAACAUAGACACCAUAAAUCCACUGUCAUUUAUGAAUUUACCGUCGCUGAACCUUUUGAAUCUUGCGUCAAAUACAAUAACAACAAUUCAUCAACAAGCUUUCAUGAAUGUUCCACGUCUGCGAUACUUAUAUCUAACAGAAAACAAAAUCACACAGGUACACUCUCAUCAGUUUAGCUCUUUCGAACAGUUAGAAAUGCUGGACUUUUCUGGAAACUCACUCGUCGAAAUCGUCACGGAUGCAUUUUCCAAUUUACAAAACCUCAAACAACUCUACCUUGGAGAAAAUCAUAUUUUAAAUAUUCAACCAAACAGUUUUGCCAAUAGUUCAAUCUCGGUCCUAUCACUGAGCUCAAAUCGGCUCACAGAACUGCGAAACGGUAUGUUCGAAGGACUAUCAAAAUUGCAGCAAAUCUCACUGAAGGACAACCAAAUAAAUUCAAUUGAACAGAGUGUUUUUUACAACUGCCCCAGUCUCGUGAUGAUAGAUCUAAGCGAAAACAAUCUUAUCGACCUUUCACCAUCAACAUUCUUUACUCAGAUCAACAUUAUACUUGUCGACCUUAGCAAAAACAAGAUGCUUCGAACACCAUACGCAGCCUUUAAUCGAAGAACAAAAACUGUUCUUCUACAAGAAAAUCCAUUAGUAUGUACGGAGAAGAUUCACAUGAUUCAAGAUGGCAUCGGAGUCUACAUCCCAAACAGUAAGGAUUCAGUAUGCCACAACGAAGAAACACCUGUUGAUCUGCCGCCAGACAUGAAUCGGGAAAAUGAACAUGAAUUAGAAUCGUAUAAAAACGUGCUCUCCACGAGCACUGAAUUGAUAAUAACUACUCAACAAAAUCUUAUCCCACUACCGACAAUCCGACCACCAGUGAUAAGGCCAAUCUCCAUCAAAAUUCAAAAACAAACAACUGGAAGCAGUGAAACCGUUGAAGAAACUACAAAUAAUGAACAGUAUAAAUUGAUAAAUGCAGAGCUGGGUACGGAAAAAGUAAAAACAGAAGAAGAGCAAGAACAGGAACCUCAGUACAGUCACGAGCAUGAUCCAAAUACGAAUAUUGUAAGCAGCCGAUCGCGUGGAAAUUUCGUUUUUAGUAAACCAAAACCUAAUCUGACAACCAGAAACCUAACAAGCGAUACACCAAACAAAGCUUCUAAGAUAAAUAAAGAAGAAAAAACUGUCGAAAACCCUAAUAGGUUAUACCCACUCCCAAUACCAUUUCUUAAUCCCCCUACUCCUCUAUCUCCAGCAUUCGCCACGUUAACGCCAACCACCACCUCCACUAUUGAAACAACUACGGCCACACUUGUAAUAAAUGCAGGAAACGAAAAAGAUACAAGUAGAGAAGAAGAGUCAAAAAACGAAGAUAAAACUUCAACAUUCAUAUUAAAUGGAACGUCGCUGCAGCCAGCAUCAACACAACUAGCAGUGGAAACUCCAUCAAAAAACAUUAUUACUUCUAAAAGUACAAUCCUACAAACUUUGCCGCCCAAUAUUGUCAUAGCUAACGCAACUCCCACACCAAAAUCAGAACAAAGCACCGUUACUUCAAACGACAGAACAAUCGAAAGGCUCGAACUUGAAAGUGAUCCGACAGAUCCGGGGAACCUGAACAGUGUCCAGUCCUCACAUUCAACGCAUGAAACGAAUAACUACGACAGGCAAGAAAAAGUCGCUGCACCAACAAUCAUAAUGAUAGCAUGCCUAAGCACUGUAGCUAUUGUAAUGAGUGCAGUUUUCGUCGGUUUAUGUGUAGUUAAACAUAAAAGUAUCCGACUAUAUGCCGACUCGACAUCUAGUAGCGCAGCAGCAGCACGAACUAAUGCUUAUGUUGCUGCACAAGCAGUUCAAGCGGCACAGAUGAAUAUGCUUUAUGCACUGGCCUACUGUCCAAGUUUUUUACGAAAUCAAACGGCAUGUUCAUGUUUUGACAAUUUUGACGGUAUUGUCAUAAAAUGCAGCGGACCAGAAGGUCCUAUAAUAGUGGAGCAGUUGAAGAAAACUCCUAUGGAAAUUCGUGAACUAUACCUCGAAAACGCCAAUAUAGUACAGAUAGGCAGAUACGCGUUCCGCAACUUGCGUAUCAAAAAGCUCGUUCUCGACAACAACCGUAUUCGCGCGCUGCACCCAGAUGCUUUCCGAGGUCUCGAAUCAGUGAUGCAAGAACUGUCAAUAUCGCAUAACAAGCUUAUUCAAAUGCCCACAGACGCCCUUAUUGGGAUGAAUGCCUUGUCUAUAGUCAGUUUCCGUUGUAACCAAAUUGACGAUAUUGAAACACCUAUCUUCAGAAACGUUUCAAAUCUCAUCGACUUAGAUUUGGGAUGCAAUAAAAUCUGCAAUAUUAAAGGGCCAGUUUUUGCUGAUGUGAAGCGAACGCUGCAGAACCUGAUUUUGGACAAUAACUGCAUGAAAUCUAUUCCGACUGUCGCUUUGCAGAACCUUGAAAACCUCAUCGGUCUACAUAUGAAAUACAAUGAGAUUGAGAAAAUUACGAAAGACCAGCUAAUAGAUCUACCAAGUUUGGCUCUAUUGACCUUGACUGGAAAUAAAAUCAGUGAUAUUGAAAAAGGUGUGAUGGCUGAUUCAAAGAAUUUGAAAUAUCUGUUCCUUGGAAGCAAUAAUAUCAGUAAAUUAGCGGAAGGUGUCCUAGGACAGUUUAACCAAAUUCAGGUUCUGGACCUAAGCUAUAACUACAUAAGCGAAAUUACUACAGAGAUGUUUUCUGGUUUAGAAAAUUUACAAAACCUCAAUCUAGAAGGAAACGGCAUAAAAGAAAUUCUGCCCGGAGCGUUCGCAACAACUCCUCUCCUACUCCUCUGGUUACCAAAGAACUGCUUGACAUCCGUAACGGCAGAGAUGUUCCAAGGAGCGCCCUUUUUGCGACAAGUUUCACUUGCUCAUAACAACAUCAGAACUAUACAACCCCUCAGCUUUGCACAUCUAGCCAACCUUCACACGUUAGAUUUGUCACAUAAUAAACUUCAAGUCGUUCAACAAGGUGAAAUUACAGGUUCCAGCCACUUAACCGUAAGGCUCCAAGAAAACCCGAUGGUUUGUUCCCAGGAUGGAUUCCAUGUCAUGAAUGGCAGACAAGCAAUCAGUUUGACUAGUGAACCAAAUCUGAUAUGUCAGACAGACUACACGAAAGACAUUGAAGACGUUUGCCCGAAAAAGGAAUUUGAACGUCCAGCUCCAAAACCUUGUUGUGUUAAAGAAAAACAAAGCAAGAAAAUGAAAGUUGAAACGAGUGAAGAAACCGAUGAAGAAGAAUCGACAGAGACAGCAAGCACGAGUGAAAUAUUGCCAACUACAACUGCAGCGACUGAAACUGUGACAAAAAAAGUGGAAGACAAAAGAAUCCCCACUUUUUCACUACCGUCGAAAACAACUCAAGAUUUACGAAUCAAAAAAUUCAACAUGGCACGAUUUAUCAAGCUUUCAAGGCGGCCAGGCACAACAUCUGAUAUAGUACUUAAAAGGACUGAGAACUCACAAAUCAAUACUCCUAUAUUAAGUGUCACGUCAGAAAAAACGGAAUCAAAGGCCAAUCGUCCAACUCCUUCAAGAGUCAGCGAGAGACUUUCUCAGCUGAAGAGAACCAGACUUCCACCAUGGAUAAGAAGUCAAAAUAAAGAUAAGGAGGAGAAGGUGGAUUUCAGUAUAGAUAGCAAAACGGAAACAGUACAAAGAGAGGACUCCUCAGCAGCAUAA